AUCCAAUGAUUCUUUCGAAAAAUGAUGUCUAAAAUUAUUUACUGCUUUAUAGCUUCGAGGAUGUUGAUUGAAAGAGCUUGUUUUAUACUCAUAAUUAGAGAAGUUUUUGUACUGGUCCGAUUUGGUAACAAAAUAGUGUUUUUUAAGAACAAAUCAAUCUAUCAACCCAAAUUUGAAUAAAAUCAUGGAGUUACAAGUGAAGUCUUUGGAGAAGCUCAUAGAAGGGAAAAGUGCUGAUUUGCAGAAAGUGCAGAUAGAGACAGUGGAGGCGGAGAAAGAAGUGCUGAAGAGAAAAGACGAAGAGAAGCAGUUGUUUAAGUUGAAGAGAGAGUUGGAGGGGAAGAUAGUAGAGGCAAAUCAGAAGCUGAGUAGAGUCAGAGUUGAACUAGAGAUAGAAAAAGAAAGAUCUCAGUGGCUCGCAUCGUUUCUGGAGAAGAGAAAUAGCGCCAAUAAGGCACUGAAAUCAGAGAUAGAAGCAUUGAAUGAUGACUUGGAACUCUCUCGAACUAAAGGAUUUGCUGAAAUUGGCAAAUUGUCUGCUGCAGCUUCAUUGAGCGAACAGCGCAAAUCUCAGGAAAGAAUGGCAAAAAUAGACUUGAAUGUCAUCGAACCCCUGAAACUCCAGGAAGAGGAAUUAAAUAAAAUUUAUUCGGAACUGGAGGUAUCUGUACGCGAAGCUGAGACCAUAUUAGCGACCAGAACUGAAAAGGAACAUGAGUUGAAUUCUUUGCUCAAAGACACUGCCGUCCAAGAAAAGUGCAUCAAUGCUUGGACCAUCAAAAUUAAAAAAUGUAUGACAAGAAAUCACAAUAUUCCAAAUCCUCAUAAUGAAGCAUCAUUGUCGUCUAGUAGAGAAAUGUAUAUGAACACGAGGUCCGAAAAGUUUAGUUUCAACGGUACAAAUUCAAACUUAGAUAAUCAAAAUUCUGCUAGAGCCGACAAUCAUUUUGGGUCAAAUUACGAUAAUGAAUUCGAAAUGAUAGAAGAAAUAGAAGCAGAGCUCCUAGAGCAAGAGAGAGUUUUCAGGAAUGAAUAUGUGGAAUGACUUGAAUCCGAUGAUUAAGUUCCAAGAGUUCAGCUUAAAGUGAACUGCUAUUCAAAUUAAUGUUUUAAACUGACAUGUUGAUGCUAGGUUGACGUAAGAUGAAGCGGAAAAGUGGAAAAUAAGUUUGUUCCCAAAUUGGCCCAAGAAAAAA